GCCAGGUCAAGUCAAAUGUGUGGGAUUUGGCUUCGACACGUUAAGACCUGGGUGCUGGGCCCCCCAUCCAGAUUCCCUACAAAUUCCCCAUGCACGUCAGCCAAGGGCUACGUGGGUAGACAGCAGGCUGCCACCCCAGAAGGCACAGAGACCUCCUCGCCUCCCAGGACCAACUGGCUGGUUGCACAAGCCCUCCAACACCUGACAUACAUCCCAAGGUGGAAAAAGCUGCCAGGGACACAUAACAUGGCAGCCAGUAAGUCUACACCCAGCCAUGUUAUCUUCAAGAAGACUUCCCGGGACAAAUCGGUGACCAUCUACCUGGGGAAGAGAGACUAUAUAGACCACGUCGAUCAAGUCGAGCCUGUGGAUGGCGUCGUGUUAGUGGACCCGGAGCUUGUGAAGGGGAAGACAGUGUUUGUCUCUGUGACAUGCGCCUUCCGCUACGGCCAGGAAGACAUCGAUGUGAUCGGCCUGAGCUUCCGCAGGGACCUGUACUUCUCCCGGGUCCAGGUGUUCCCACCUGUGGGGGCUGCCAGUGCCCCCACGAAACUGCAAGAGAGCCUGAUCAAGAAGCUGGGGGCCAACACCUACCCCUUCCUGCUCACGUUCCCUGACUACCUACCCUGCUCAGUCAUGUUGCAGCCAGCUCCGCAGGAUACGGGCAAGUGCUGUGGGGUGGACUUCGAGGUCAAAGCAUUCGCCACCGACAGUACAGAUGGCGAGGAGGACAAAAUUCCCAAGAGGAGCUCUGUGCGUUUACUGAUCCGUAAGGUGCAGCACGCGCCGUCUAAGAUGGGCCCCCAGCCACGAGCUGAGGCCGCCUGGCAGUUCUUCAUGUCCAACAAGCCCCUGCACCUCACAGUCUUCCUCAGCAAAGAGAUCUACUUCCAUGGGGAGCCCAUUCCUGUGACCGUGACCGUGACCAACAACACAGAGAAGACAGUGAAGAAGAUUAAAGUAUCUGUCGAACAAGUGGCCAAUGUGGUUCUCUACUCGAGUGACUAUUACGUCAAGCCGGUGGCCGCGGAGGAAGCACAAGAAAGAGUGCCGCCGAGCAGCACCCUGACCACGACGCUGACGCUGGUGCCCUUGUUGGCCAACAACCGCGAAAGGAGGGGCAUUGCCCUGGAUGGGAAGAUCAAACACGAGGACACGAAUCUUGCCUCCAGCACCAUCAUAAAGGAGGGCAUAGACCGGAUGGUCCUGGGGAUCCUGGUGUCUUACCAGAUCAAGGUGAAGCUCACGGUGUCUGGCUUUCUGGGAGAGCUCACCUCUAGUGAAGUGGCCACUGAGGUACCAUUCCGCCUAAUGCACCCCCAGCCCGAGGACCCAGCUGUGGCAAAGAAAAGUUUUCAGGAUGAAAAUUUGGUUUUUGAGGACUUUGCUCGCCAAAAUCUGAAAGACUCGGGAGACCCCGAGGAGGAGAAGAAAGAGCAGGAGGCCCCUGCGGAUGAGUGAAGCGGCCGGCUGAGGACUCCAGGAAACAGGGUUGUAGUUAGCGGCCCGAUGAGCAGCGCUCCAUUGUUAGCCCGUAGUUAUGCUCAACACCAAAGUGUGAGUCUUUUCACAGAAAUAAAGUUUGUCUGUUGUGCCUGG